UCACGUUUGGGUGCGAGAGGCCGACACUGUGCGGGCGCCGGCGACCUCUGCGGCGGGCAGCGACGAAGAGGGCUCUUGGAGGAGUGGCAGCCGACGAUCUGAAAGAGGAACCUGUGGUCAGUCCAGCCCAAAGGUGAACGCGAGGGGCGCAGGAGAACUGGAGAGAGUCCGGCCGGAUACCCUGACCUGGGAGCUGUACAAGGUUGUAUCAUAAUGAAUGGGUCCAGUAUGGCAAAUACAUCACCCAAUGUAAAAUCCAAAGAGGAUCAGGAAUUAAAUGGGAAUGACGAAAAGGAAAACCCAUUUGCAGAGUACAUGUGGAUGGAGAAUGAAGAGGAUUUCAAUAGACAGGUGGAAGAGGAAUUGCAAGAACAAGACUUUUUGGAUCGCUGCUUCCAGGAGAUGCUGGAUGAAGAAGACCAAGACUGGUUCAUUCCGUCCCGAGACCUGCCCCAGGCAGUAGGACAGCUGCAACAGCAGCUCAACGGAUUGUCAGUCAGCGAUGACUGUGACUCUGAAGAUAUCUUGAGUAAAAGCAACCUGAAUCCAGAUGCCAAGGAGUUCAUUCCGGGAGUGAAGUACUGAGGCAGCAGAGUGAAUGCUGGAGGAGCACUUGUCUGUCCCACCUCCGGGGGCAGCGCUGGAGACUAGGGGUGGGUGGGCAAGGGGUGUGUGGCCAGGGGAAUCGCAUGACCGCUCAGCACGGUUGUGUGGGGUUGAGCAUCUGCCCUGCUCAGUCUUACUCUUACUUAUGCGCCUUGGAGCAGUUCUCUUUUGUUCUACUGACUUUGAUUUGCAGCAGUUUCAUGGUUUUUCCAAAAAGGUUUUUUUUUUUUUUUUAACUUAGCUCAUUUGUGUUAAGGAAAUUGCAGUCUUUCUCCAUCAGGAAUGUUCUGCUGCAUAUGUAUAAGCAAAAUUAGCUGACCAAGAAAAACUGAAUGUUUAAGCAAUGUCCUUCUCUCACCCCUGUCCACAUACCAGGGGCAGUGGACACCUGGAGGGCUACCUGUGGAGUCUGACCAGUAGGCAACAAAGAGGGGCAAGGGGAUGAAACAGAUGAUGCAAGCCAUGCCAGCAGGCUCAGCACCCUGGGCCCUGGGAUCUCCCACCAUGAAUUGAAAUUGCCACUGACCCCACACAACUCCUGAGAAGACAGAGUAGUUAACUUACAGGAGCUCAGGGUGGCUGGUGGAAGGAGCAGCCAUGAUGGUGAUGCGCAGUAAGUCCUUUAGUUACUGUUGGCCUUUGCUGAAGCCUGUUUUUCCAGCUGCCAUCAAGCUCAUCAUUUGAAAGGUAAAAGCGCGUGAGGCUCCUUUGCUGGCUGUUCCCAUCUGCACUCCACCUCUGCCCUACUCUGCUUUUAGGAUGUUGUUACCAAAGGCGUACUAAAGGUCUGCCGUCCUGGCCACCAACUGGAACCUGGAAAGGCAUCCUUUCUCUUGGUAGUUGCAUCUUAAAUUUAUUUGGACCAUGUCGGAUUUUGUUUGUUUGUUUUUGUUUUGGUUUGGUUUUUUUUUAGCCCAUCAACACUUAGUCUUCCUGGUAUCUUAAUUCCCUCUGUCAAGUUUCUGUACUUUUUCAAGGAAAUACAUUUUUCAUACACAAGCAAGAAGCUCAGUUCAGUUUGGAUGCAUCUCCCUGCCUUACUGAAUUUCCCUAGAGGAACUCGAAACAACCUGGGGAGCAGAUCCUACUUAAUUGAUGACUGUUUACCAGGCCCUCUAGGGUGUUUUCAGCUCUUAGCAAACUUGCUGUUUCCUGGAGAGUAGCUUUGUGAAGGUUUGGGGUUGGACCCUCUACCUUUCCUGGUGGGGGAAGGCACCAGGGGUGAUCUGUGCGUGUGGAGAUGUAGGUGGCAGUGUCAGAUGUAAAAGACAGAGGGUCCAGGCAUGGCCAUGCUGCCAGGGCAAGGUAGUAUGGAUGCCAUGUGUGGAGUGGUUUCCAUGUGACUGCUACUGUGCUGUGCAAGAGGCCUGUGAAGAAAAGACCAGGCAUAACUUAAAGUUGGUAUGAAUUCAGGAUGUGCAUGUGGGCCGGAGGCUGGCAGGAAAGGAUGAGGGUCUGGAAAGCUGACGAACUUUGUGUGAGCUCUCUUGUUGACUACACAAGCAGCCAUGAGCUAAGACCCAUAUCCCUCUUCCUCCUUUGUAUCUAGGAGGUCCACAUUUCAGGGAUGGCCUUUUGUGUUAGGUCAUGUGUUACAGGAGAGGAGCUCAGUGAACUCGGGUUAUCGGACACACGCAUUGAUUCCCCAAGCCUCUGCUCUAGAGAUUGGAACUGGGUGGACCAUGCACAAGGGUAUGUCUCUCCUCUGCUUCAGCUGGGCUUCUUGUCUCUGAGGAUGCGAGAUAGGAGUAUGUAACAGAGGCACCCUAUCUUCCUAUACUGCACUUCCUCUUCACUCUCCAUUUACCUGUCAGUGACAUGAGGCUGUGGAAAUGUGUCAGGAUUGCAGAAGGCUGUUUUCUUAGGCUGAGAGUAACUCUGUCACAAGCAGCCCCACGUACCUGCAUUUCACAGCCCGACUCCGUUUCUACGUCCUGAACAUUUGUUUUGGUGACAGUGGGGUUGGCUGCACUGCAGGGCACCAUCCAGGAGACUCAUCUUUCCCUCCACAGUGCUGGUCCACUGUGGGAGGCAGUCUUUGGCAUGGUUUCUCAGGGUGUAGUGGGUCAAGACUUAGCGUGGAUGGAAACUGAGGGUUGGUACUUGCAGUCCUAUUCAGACCCUGAGAGUGCUGGAUCCAGGAGCACUAAGGUGGUCCCUGUGUUAAUGGGUAGAGCCUGUGCCUCUAAGGGGUUGCAUUGCCACUUAACUUUAUGUUGGGAGGUUGCAGCACUGUUGUCCCCAGAUGACAGGCCAGCUCCAAUUUUAAUUUGCCAGCAGAUUAGCAGAAAAAGCCAAUGGGUCUUGGAGCUUUCCUGGGGAGAGGCUGGGAACCUCUGUCUCAGAAGUUUCCUCAUAGGAUGGAUUCUGGGAGCGAACCAUGCCAGGUGCCUUUAUUACCAUUUAAGGAUGAGGCUUGUAUUUGUAAAUAAUAAUUUUGAUGUUGAGGUCAGGCUACUUCCUGGAUCAAGUGUUUUCUCUUUUUUAGCAACUGGAAGUUUGGAGGUUUUGUAUAGAAAUAGCAUGUCUUCACCAGUUGCCUAUCUGGCUGGUCCCAGUGUUAGUCAUGGUUAAUGUCUGCCUAUUUUCGUUAUUGUGGUUAUUUAUUAGACUCAAACUCCAAGAUGGAAAGAACUUAUGUCCUAAGGAAAAAAAAAAAAAGUAGAGGAAUGCCCUUUCCAUUUCUCUAGGCCUUUGAACUACAGCAGAAAAUUUGAGAAUAUGGCCCAGGCCUAGCUCAUUUCUGACAACAGUUGUUGGGCUUGGGGAAUUCAGACAGCAUGGAACCCAGAAGAAUAAGACACAGGCCGGGCCUUUGCAGCUUCUUGCAGUUUCCUAAGUCAGAACAGCAGGGGUCUCCUUGUUUACAAUGGCUUACAAAUAAAUGUUGCUAGUGAAAUAUUAAGCAGCAUUUUCAAAAGGCUCAUUUGGAGGGCAGGAAGGUAAGGAAGGCAGAGGCACUUCACCCAUCAGUGAGGAAAGCAGAGUGAAAAAGACAGCCUCAGCCAGCAGCCUCUAGAAGCCGCCUUCUCUAGCCUUUGGGCUGCGUGAGCCCCUUGUAGACGGUCGGCCACCCACAUUCCUGAGCCAGACCGCCUCUCCUCCAUCCUGCGUACCUGGAGGGAGCAGGCCACCUUCCAUAAGGGCCCUGCAGUGGCACUGAGGUGUGGGGUUUGGGGGUGGAGAUUGGGAAAUGCCUACCUGCUAGUAAGACUCUACCCUCAAUCCCUCUCCUCUGAGCAGAGGGUGGAGGGAGCAGGGACACCCUGACCCCUUGCCUUUGCCUGCAGAUCCAGUCUGAGUUGUUUCACCCCUGGUUGCCUGUGGAGGCCAUGAACCCUGCUGGUACAUGCUGUACCCACUGAGACAGGGAGCUCUGCUGGAACAUGUUGUACACAAAGGACCUCCUGCAGCCCCUGCUGUGCUUGCUGCCUGGUGAAUGCCCGGGACGGAAUUGGUUGCAAUUUGGAGUUUUUUUUUUUUUUUCCUCCUGCGCUUGUAUCUCCCUUAUUGAUGGUGGUGGUGGUAACAGGGACUGCUAAGCAGGAAGCCCACCUUAGGAGACUCAAGUUUUCUGGACACUGCUUCAUUUUGUGCCCUUGCUUCCCAACCCACUUCUGCUGUUCUCCAUCAGUCUGGUUUUAGGGGAGGUCGUGGGAAUAGAACAGCUGGAUACACUGAUGGGUCUACUGGACAGCAACUGAGGGAGUCACUCCCAGGGAGCUGAAAAGGGACAACUGCCCCAUCUGUAUUUGAAAAGAAAGAGCUGCCUCGGUUUGUUGCUAAGACGCUCACCUCUGAGACGUGCUGAACUUUUCCCUGAUCCUGCCUUCUGACUGACUGCCUUUUAUUUUAAAAUAACAAAUAGUCUAACUACUUAAUAGCAAUAAAGUUUGUUAAAUACGUA